GUAACUGUAGUCCCAUAUUGUGACCCUCCUUAAUAUAAACUCCCAAAGUCGAUCUGCAUCCAUAAGUCAAGAUGUCGCCGACGUACCUCCCGGCUGUGCUGGCGGUUGUAUCCCAGUGUGUGCUGUACGCCAACGGGUCAGUUUUAAACACGAACCCUUGGAUUUCGAAGUUUUCUAGCAAACCGAAGAGCAACUGCGUUCCUCACGAAGAUUUUGCCACUUGUACUAUUCAGGCAGACCCAAGAGCUCCUUACAAGUUAACUGGAGCCGUACGCUUCGCUCAAACUGAUUACUGCGGUGCCUAUAGUUACCUAUUGGUCUCGGUCUCUCUGGAGGGUUUCCCACUCUCUGACCCCUUGACAAAGCAUGGUUACCACGUGCAUCAAUACGGUGACCUGUCUGACGGAUGCACCAGCACAGGAGGCCAUUACAAUCCUUUCAACAUGACCCACGGGGCUCCCUUUGAUCAAAUAAGACACGUUGGCGACUUUGGGAACAUUCCGGCUCAUGAUGGUAUCGUCAAACACUAUCACCGUGACCGGGUUGCAAGCAUUUUCGGCCGUUACUCCAUAUUAGGAAGAGCAAUCGUGAUUCACGCAGGAACGGAUGACCUUGGGAGAGGCGGGAAGCCGUCCAGCAAGGAAAACGGAAAUGCUGGAGCCAGACUGGCCUGUUGUAUCAUCGGCUAUGGAGAGGAGUGGUACGCAGCGGACCAACAGUAACUGAUGUAUUCGGGAAUAAAGAAACUGUCGAUAUAUCACAAAUAAUGAAUCGUAAUACUGAAUUAUAAAACGAGUUGUAUAUCGCUAUCUUCGUUCAAUGUUAUCCAAAACCUGAUAUUUUUAUGAAUUUUCACUGAGGAUGAAUUUUGUAAUAAAAUUGUAAUAUUUUAUUCUCUUUGUCCCACGUUGGACAAAGAAUACCAACAUUGUAUACUGUUCGAUUUAUAUAGAAAAUAAAUCGAUUUAGUUUGUUUGUUUGAA